UAGUUCCACUGACUUCCUUUCUGGAUCAGUAAAUACAAUCUAGACAAAAAGCCAAAGAGGAAGAGUUGAAGACAUCCCUGCAGAACAGCACAGAAGUAGAGACUGACUAAAAUAGGCUAAACAGCAUGCAAGAAGAUGUCUAUUGCAGUAGAGAAUGAAGAUGAGAAAUGAGCACAAACAAAACAUUGUGUGGCAACAAAUAAGACAAAAGCAAUACAUCGUACACACACAAAAAAAAGAGGCAGUGACAUGAAAAACCAAGAAGUUAAGGAUGAACAAUAAUGCAAUAGGUUGUCAGCAGAGAGGACAGACUGGGGAAGAUGAUGUGACUACAGGGAAAACACACCUGAAAAGUAUUUGUCUGCAAUACCAUAUGUAUCUUCUUCUGAACAGCCAUUUCUUUUUCCUUUUGAAGAAUAAGACUGGACUGACCAUCUUCUUCCUAUGUGCUUAUAUACCAAAGACAGAGGCAGAUCACUGCAAGUGGACAGAUGUUCUGAAAGAUUUGGAGCAGAUCAAGACAUCCAAAGACAUUGAUGUCAGUUUAUAUACUGCAAACACAGAUGAGGAUAAAGAAUGCCAAGAACCUAUAAUGAGAUGCUUUUUCUUAGAGAUGAAAGUGAUUCUUCACGAAUGUUAUAUCAAAAAUUGUAGUAAAACACAGGAUGUAUUCAACAUAUUGAAAAAUGGAAAUGCAAGAUUUAAAAAUAAUGAGUUGAGUUCCACAACAUCAAAAAAAUGUAAAGAAUGUGAAGAAUAUGAAGAAAAAAGUUUUACAGAGUUUAUACAGAAUUUUGUAAAGGUUAUACAGAAGGAAUGCAAAUAAUACACUGACCAAAAGAGACAAGCCGGGAACCAAGAUUGUUCAAGAAACGUGCCUCAGAGAAAUUAGAUUGUCACCAACAAUAAACUGAAAAGAACUUCACUUCUAGUGCUAUUUACAUACAAUAAAAAAACAAAGAAUAAUAAAAUCUCUGUAAUGCAUGUGUUCAUAAUUGAAUACGUUCAAAUAAUAUCACUUAUGAAAUAUAUAUGGAAGGAAUUUA